GGAGGCGCCCCCUUUACCGGCGAACGGUUGCCAUGGAGACGUGGGCUGACGGCGUCCUAGUGAGAGCGGUGAUUGGUGCAGACCCCUGCUAAUCCCUGGAAGGCCCGUAAAGAACUGAGGAAAACGUGGUAGGGGGCAUGCGCGGUUGGGAAGACGGUGCUGCUGUCCGUAGCCGCCUGAGAAGCUCGCGCAAGUAGACGGGGCAUGGACGCCUGGAUCUGAGGGGGCGAGCGAGGGAAGAGGCUGCCAGGCGUGUGAUCUGGUCGUUGCGAACAACGCUACCCCGGGGAACGGGAGGAGGGUGGGAAAGGAGGCGAGCGUGGGGGAAGAGCAAGGUGGCACUCGGGCUGAUGUGUGGAGCAUUCUGGGAGACAGAGUCCGGCCGGGGAGGGGGAAGUCGGCGAGUGCGCCUACUUGCGAGCGCGGAGCGGCCCGCCAAGCGUGGAGGGAAAGACAUUAUCCUCGGAGCCCCAGCCCAGUCUUUCCAAUGAGGCCCGCAGCACUAGGCUCCCCAGGUCACACAGCCCUGGAAGAUGAGGGGCCUGUCAUGGUGAAGCUGGAGGACUCUGAGGAGGAGGGUGAGGCUGCCCCAUGGGAUCCCGGCCCAGAGGCUGCACGCCAGCGUUUUCGACACUUCCACUAUGAGGAGGCACUGGGUCCCCAAGAGGCCCUGGCCCAACUCCGGGAGCUGUGCCGCCAGUGGCUGCAGCCCGAGGUGCACUCCAAGGAGCAGAUGCUGGAGCUGCUGGUGCUGGAGCAGUUCCUGUGCGCACUGCCCCCCGAGAUCCAGGCCCGUGUGGAGGGACAGCGGCCAGGCAGCCCUGAGGAGGCAGCUGCCCUAGUCGAGGGGCUACGCCAGGAGCCAGGAGGCCCCCGGAGAUGGGUCACAGUCCAAAUGCAAGGUCAGGAGGUGCUAUCAGAGAAGAUGGAGCCCUCCAACUUCCAGCCCCUCCUUCAAACCAAGCCUCAGACUCCAGAACAUGGGCCUAGGACACCAUCUGAAGCUACGCAGGAGUUACCAUUGGGCCUUCGGAUGAAAGAGGAGCCCACGGUUACAGAUGACCCAGAGCUUCUGGAUUCUGGGCCUCUAGCCAAUCCCCAGGAGGCCACCUCCUCUCUCCUGCCUGAAGAGACCCAGGGCUGUGAAAUAGUGCUGGACCAGGCCUCUCCUCACAGCGAAACUGGACUUGAGGGGCCUUCAUGGAGGGAGCAUCCUGGGGUCCUGUGGCAAGAGGAAGCUGGAGGCAUCUUCCUUCCAGGGUCUGCCCUCCACAUGGACAGUGUCUCUGCUGGCCCAGGCACUGUGAGCCCCCACCUCCACAUCCCGUGGGACCUCGGCAUGGCCAGCCUCACAGACCAACUCCGGUCGCCCUCCCAUGAAAGUGGCUUCUCACAUGCACUUGUGCUCCCCAGUGGCCCCGGAGGUGAGCAGAACCCCACGAACGAGGGUCCUCACCAGCUCCUGGGCCCCAUACUGGCCACUGGCCGCUGGCCUACACCCAGGACCGAAGGCCAGGGACGGGGUCGCCCCAGCACAUGCCCCGGGGUGGGGCGGGGUGGCCGCUGCGACGUGUGUGGGAAGGUAUUCAGCCAGCGCAGCAACCUACUGAGGCACCAGAAGAUACACACAGGAGAGCGACCAUUCGUGUGCAGCGAGUGUGGCCGAAGCUUCAGCAGAAGCUCACACCUUCUGCGUCAUCAACUCACACACACUGAGGAGUGGCCAUUUGUGUGCGGCGACUGUGGUCAGGGCUUCGUGCGCAGCGCGCGCCUGGAGGAGCACCGGCGAGUGCACACGGGCGAGCAGCCCUUCCACUGCGCAGAGUGCGGCCAGAGCUUCCGGCAGCGCUCCAACCUGCUGCAGCACCAGCGCAUCCAUGGCGACCCCCCUGGCCCGGGCGCUGCGCCCCCCACGUCUCCCGGUGCCCCGGAGCCCCCAGGCCCCUUCCCCUGCAGCGAGUGCCGUGAGAGCUUCGCGCGGCGAGCCAUGCUCCUGGAACACCAGGCGGUGCACACGAGCGACAAAUCCUUUGGCUGCGUGGAGUGUGGGGAGCGUUUCGGCCGCCGCUCCGUGUUGCUGCAGCACCGGCGAGUCCACAGUGGAGAGCGGCCCUUUGCCUGUGCCGAGUGCGGCCAGAGCUUCCGCCAGCGCUCCAACCUCACGCAGCACCGGCGCAUCCACACCGGCGAGCGGCCCUUCGCCUGCGCUGAGUGUGGCAAGGCCUUCCGCCAGCGGCCCACGCUCACGCAACACCUGCGCGUGCACACGGGCGAGAAGCCCUUCGCCUGCCCGGAGUGUGGCCAGCGCUUCAGCCAGCGUCUGAAGCUCACGCGCCACCAGCGGACGCACACCGGGGAGAAACCCUACCACUGCAGUGAGUGUGGCCUGGGCUUCACGCAAGUGUCACGGCUCACCGAGCACCAGCGGAUCCAUACCGGGGAGCGGCCCUUCGUUUGCCCUGACUGCGGCCAGAGCUUCCGGCAGCACGCCAACCUCACGCAGCACCGGCGCAUCCACACAGGCGAGCGGCCCUACGCGUGCCCGGAGUGCGGCAAGGCCUUCCGCCAGCGGCCCACGCUCACACAGCACCUGCGCACCCACCGGCGGGAGAAGCCCUUUGCCUGCCAGGAUUGCGGCCGCCGCUUCCACCAGAGCACUAAGCUCAUCCAGCACCAGCGCAUCCACAGUGCGGAGUAACGGCACUCACCGUACCCCUUCUUCUCUGCGUCUCCGCUUCUGGCCUUUGGUUACAGAGGAGGGUCUUCGCUCUGAACACUAACCUCACAGGGUUGCUGUGAGGCCUCUGAUCAAGUCUGGGUACAGACGGGCCCACUCAGGACCUGGCGCCCAGUAGGAGCUCAAUAAACAGUAGAUGGACCGUGGGUCUGGAAAUCUACACACUCAGUGCCUCCCGACCUGUACAGGUCCCUCUUCCCCCCACCAUCUACCACUUCGGCAACCAUGCAGUCUCUGAGAGCCAUAGACUCCUAGCAGCCUCUCCCAAGGGCUACGGAUGCCACCUUGUACUGUGGCUCCUGUACUGUUUGCCAUGACAGCUUCAACCCGCACAACCAUGGGCCAAGCCAACUGCCAGGUGAGACUGGCCCAGUUUUCCCCUACCAGCCAAGAUCAUCAAGGGCAGUACAAGUAGCAAACUGGUGCCCAGAAGGCCAGAGCUAGGGAUGUGUCUAUAAAACUUUAACCUUAGGAAGCUAUUUCUUAGGCAUAAAAGCUAGAAGGUUUUAUCUAGAAAUCUAGAUUUUUUUCAUGCAUGUUAACUACCAGCAGAUGCUGAGGUUAGGUUCCCCUUAGGAUACCCCAGCCUGUCCAGAAAUCAAAGUCCACUGGAGGCCCCAGGCCAGUUCUCUAUCCCCCUAGUGAUCAUCCACAUUCUGUGGGCCACAGCUGCCACCAACCCUGGCCAGGUGUGCAACCCCCAAGGGCUCCCCAACACUGGGUGGUGGUCCCUAUGAAGAAUGUGUUCAGCAGCAAGUCACAGGAAUCACAGCUGUCAGCAGCUUACAUAAAAGUGCGGAUGCUGCCAGUGCAGGUUCGGUGGCUUGUACACUGGGCUGGCAUCUCGAACCCUCUGGACUUUUCACAUGCCAUUGCUUCUUGCCCUAAUUAUCUUUCCCUUCCAUCCAAAUUGUGCAGACUCUUGACCUAGUGCGCCCCCCAACCCCAACCAGUGGGUACCCUGGGGGCCAAAAGCGGAAUGAGAAGCAGUGCCAAAGGAAAGAUCUUCAUGCAUCAGGAUCUGGCUGGGGACAUAUACCCCACUCUGGGCAGGUAUCAGCCUGCCCUUGGCCUGAGGGGUUCUAAGAACAACCUUUUGAGGCUCAUGUGUCUAAGCUUCUUCCAGGGAUACAGCUGGACUUUGCUACAAGACUGGGGUCCUGAAAUCAGGGAAAGAAGCCAGCCUCAGCCAGAAGCUUCUAGUAGCCAUCCCAAAGAAGGUGUGUUCCCUACCUCUUUCCCUCCCCCACUCCACCCCUCUCCACCGCCCCCCUGACCUACCCCCAGCCAGGACCAGGGCCACUCUGGCAUCUACAUCUGGCAAAGUCAACAACUCCCCAUGUAGGGGUACUUCCAUGUGGCACCGUUGGGAGGUGGGGGGAGGCCACCUGGGCCCUAGGCCAAUACUUCUGUCCUCCUAACCACAAACAGAACUCUUAAGGACCAUGACCUGGGAUAUACUAAUCAGAGGGGUAGAAAGCAGUCACUGGGUCCCUAGGUGGAGGCUAGGAGUCAGAUUAAGGAAGGCGCACAAAUACUGAGGUAGCUAGUGCUGUGAGGUUGAGUAUUGCCGAACUUUAUAAAUCCUGUAACAUGGAUUUUUUCAAGUCCUGUGUGAAUUUUAUACUCAGAAACAAAGAGGACAAGAAAGCU